AUGACUUCUUGCUCACCCACACGGCUGGAGGACAUGGGAGGAGGCACUUUCGAUGUCUCCCUCCUGACCAUCGAGGAUGGUAUCUUCGAGGUGAAGGCCACAGCGGGCGACACCCACCUGGGUGGCGAGGACUUCGACAACCGCGUGGUGGACUUCUGCAUCCAAGACUUCAAGCGAAAGAACCGCGGCAAGGACAUGGCCGGCAACCAGCGCGCCAUCCGACGCUUGCGAACGCAGUGCGAGCGAGCCAAGCGGACGCUGUCGUCCUCCACGCAGGCCACCAUCGAGAUCGACUCUCUGUUCGAGGGUAUUGACUACUCCUGCUCCCUGUCCCGCGCCCGUUUCGAGGAGUUAUGCAUGGACUACUUCCGCAACUCCAUGGGUCCAGUGGAGAAGUGCCUGAAGGACUCUGGCAUCGACAAGAAGAGCGUGCACGACGUGGUGCUGGUUGGUGGCUCGACCCGUAUUCCGAAGGCCCAAACCUUCACCACCUACGCGGACAACCAGCCGGGAGUGUUGAUCCAGGUGUUCGAAGGUGAGCGUGCCAUGACCAAGGAGAAGGGUCGCCUGUCCCAGUCCGAGAUUGACCGCAUGGUGCAGGAGGCCGAGAAGUUCCGAGCGGAGGAUGAGGCAAACAAGCUGAAGAUCGAAGCCAAGAACGGCUUGGAGAACUAUUGCUUCACCAUGCGCAACACCCUGAACGAGGAGAAGCUGAAGGACAAGUUCGAGGGGGGAGACAAGGAGAAGAUCGA